GAAGUGGCAGGGUACUUGCAUUUGCAGACAACCUGACAUCCUCCGGUGCUUUCAGGGCAAUUGCAAGUUGAUUACGUCUAGAUUGCAGAAGGAUGGCACUGUGCUGUUUGACUGUACUACAGAAUCUGGUGUGAUGCUCGGCCGUAAAGAUCCCCAGGAAGUAUUUCCAUUACGAUCUAUAGCUUGCACCAGUCUCGAUCUCCACAGCAAGAGGCAGUCACAACAGAACAACUCCCAGUCUUACUGUCAAUGAGCAAUAAGCCGCUAGCCGUUUACAGGCUCUUCUUGAGAUCCAUCAGAACAGCUUUCAAGGGCGACGCUUUCAUGCUCACCUCAGCAAAGCAAGAAGUGCGCGCUCGCUUCCAGUCGGCUGCAGGCGUCACAGAGCCCAAGGAGAUAGAGAAGCUCUGCGCAGAGGGGCGGGACGCAGCGCAGUUCCUGACACAGUACGUGGUGCAGGCGAAGCUGAAUGACCGCGGCAAUUUUGCCAUGAUUGUGGAGCCCCACCACACAGACACUGUGGCGGAGGAGGCGGCUCUGCGGCCCGACAAGCCUCUUUGAGCUGUUGCAAGCUUGGGGAGUGGCUCCGAGCCAGUCUGAGCUUGACAUGUGAUCUCUGCAACCUGGUAAGAACUGUCGCAGAGUGUCGACAGCACAUGCUGCGAAAAGGUGACCUUGUGUGUCACCUUUGUUGACACUCAAAAAGGAGACCUUGGAACCGUGAACUAAUCUGGAUUGAACAGACCAAGCUUUCUUGCUGGCGUGCAUGGCAUCCAGCUGACCAUUGCUCGAAUGAAUUUAGAGGCCGGAUUUGGAUUGAACUACUUUGAACAGUUCCACAACAGUCUUGCCGCAAUGUUGUGUUUGCCCAAUGUCUUUAAGGGCACCGUACUUUGCCUUCAAGGUACGAUCUGUCAGAGUCUCAGACUGCCGGUUCCAUAUGACCUGUCAUGGGCUGCUACAUCAUGUGACUCACUUCAAAGCCCUCAGGUCACCCAAUUGAAUAUCCCUGCAACUGGGAGACACUGUGCCGCAUCAUAUACUACAGUAGUAUAUAUGCUGUAUAUAUCGCAAUCAAUAUAUAUUGAUUGCGACUGCAUUGUUGCAUCAGCCUG